UUCCAACACACCGAGGCUCGGCGCUCAAGUCUUACCCAUAGCGUUGACGAUCCCUGCCGCCUCGGUAUCCGAUCAUUCACGAGCCGACAUUCCCCGACUAGUUGCGUGAGUUACGCACGUCGAGGCGCGGAACGCCUCCUGUGCUUUGCAAACAUACGUAGAAAAAACUGCGUAACUACAACGUGAAUCUCAACUGUGACAACGCUCAAGAAAACAUGGGCUUUCUUUCUCUUGUGUUCUCGCGAUAAAAAAUAUCCCGGAUACUACUUUAUUGGAUGUUUUAUUUUAAAUUUGAGUUAAGUUUGAAGAGCUAUGGUUUUCAAAUGUGUUUUUUUUACGAAACAAUGCAAUCGCUCUCUUUGUUAUCUAGUCUAAUCUAUGGUGUAAAUCUAUUUCUCACUUUUAUCCAUCUCCAGCAGCUUUGAUGUCUUCACUGCUCACAGAAUAAAGAGAACACAUUCACAUUAAAGUAAGGACCGCAAGAAAAGAUGGUGGUUCUUAGAUGAAAGUCAGUGAACUGACCUUCGGAGCUGAUCCUCCAUGUGUCAGUUUUCGGGGUGGUGGGUGGAGGUCUCCAGACUCGAACAACGGCAGUCAAUGACCUACAUUAUGGCGUCGGUUUCCAUAGCAACCCGUCGUGUCGCUGUUCGCGCCGUCCGACCGACGCUCAAGGACCCAUCGAAAACAUACAACUUCUGCUUAUUGGUGACGUCACUCGAGUGUUUUAAAAUGUCAAGCGCGAGGAGGACGAGACCGGCGCAGAGAAGCGCGACAGAAGUGACGGGGACCUGUGAUCUCAGGAGGCUUCUGGCGCUGCUAAAUAAAAGCAGACCUGAGGUGGCGGCGGCGACUCUCUCCAGUGACCCGAGCGCUGAAGCCUCUGAGCUGGAGAAGUUCAGCGUCACCUUCCGAGAGCAGAGAUGCUUCAGCAGCCACCGCCAGCACCAGCUCUUCUCAGACCUCCUCACUUCUCUGGUGAAGAAGCGGCUCUGCAGCCACUGGAUCCAUCAAGCUCCACCAGAAUCGCUCCUCCGGGUCCUGGUCUGUCUCCGACUUCUGAUCCGAGACCAGAACCUCCAGAAACUCUUCUGCCGGCUGGAGGGCGUGGCUUCCCUAGCGCAGCACCUGGACUCACUGACCUCCACCUACACGUCCUGCGGUGAACAGGCCUUGGCUGGUCAGCAGCUGGUGACCAUCACCUACAUGCUUCAGAAGCUGUGUGGAGCAGAGAAGCAGCGACUCCGGGUCGUGGAGAGCGGAGCGCACAUGAGCCUGGUGAAGCUCCUGUCGGCCAUGGACGGCAGCCUGCUGCGGGGAGCUCUGCUGGCUCUCACCGCUCUGGCUGAGAGUCCAGAGUGCAGGAGGCAGAUUGGGGCGCUGCAGGUGGAGGAGAAGCUUCUGGUGAUCCUGCAGGAGUACGACCUGCAGUCCAAGAGGAUGAGUGCGGAGCUGCUGAGGGUUCUGUCUCCAGUGCCGGAGGUCAGAGGUCAGCUCCAAGCGUCAGAGGGUCUGCCGGUGCUGCUGAGCCUGCUGCACCUUCAGGACCACCGCUUGCUGUGGAGCGUGACCUGGAUCCUGGUCCAGCUCUGCGAGGAUGCCGACACCAGGAGGGAGAUCCGCAGCUGGGGGGGCGUGCUGCUGCUCCUGCGGCUGCUCGGCAGGUGACACCCUGACCUCGCUCUCCAGACCUCCCAGAGAGGAAGAUGAAGGAUCUCUCCUGCAUCAUCCAUCCGCAGAGCAGCACGUCCGAUCCAGGAGGAGCUGCUCCAGGAAGCCGUCAGCCCAGAGCAAGAGGUCAACGACCUCAGUGCGCUGCAGUCAGCCUGCUGCGCUGCCCUCACCGAGCUCAGCCUGGACGACACCUCCGCGCUUCACAUCGUGCAGGAGAACGGAAUCCACAUCAUUGCACGGCUGAUUUUGCCUCACCCAUCAGGAGUAGACCUCCCAUCCCUUCAGUGCUAUGCGUUGCGGGCUCUGCGCUUCCUUUUCAGCCUUGAGAGGAACCGACAUCACUUUAAGAGACUCUUUCCCACGGACGUCUUGCAGUUGUUUAUUGAUGUUGGACAUUACGUGCGUGACCUGGCGGCCUACGAGGGGCUGCAGACCAGACUCUCGCUCUGCACGGAGGAUGAGUUGGAGGUCCUGAGAGGGAGCAUUGAGACUCUGGAUCAGAACCGCCCAGCCAUGAGAGUCAUCAACGGCUACUCGGUCCUGGACCAUCUGGGCACCGGGGCCUUCGGGAGUGUCUUCAAGGUCCAGAAACAGAGCUGCCAGAACCUCCUGGCUCUCAAAGAAGUCAACCUUCACAACCCUGUGUUUGGGAAAGACAAGAAGUCCAGGGACGGCAGCGUGGAGAAGAUCAUCUCUGAGCUCGCCAUCAUCAAAGAACAGAUGACUCACCCGAACAUUGUGAAGUACUACAAGACGUUUGUGGAAGGCGAGAGGCUGUACAUCGUGAUGGAGCUGAUCGAAGGAACGUCUCUCGCUGAGCAUCUGGGCUCUCUGAAGGAGAAGCAGCAGCGCUUCUCUGAAGACAGGAUCUGGACCGUCUUCAUUCAGUUGUGUGCCGCUCUGCGCUACCUGCACAGAGAGAAGCGGAUCGUCCACCGCGACAUGACGCCCAACAACAUCAUGCUGCGAGAGGGAGACCGAGUCACCAUCACCGACUUUGGCCUGGCCAAGCAGAAGCAGGAGACCUGCCAGCUGAUGUCGGUGGUGGGAACCAUUCUCUACUCCUGUCCAGAGGUGGUGAAGAACGAGCCGUACGGGGAGAAGGCUGACGUCUGGGCUCUGGGCUGUGUUCUCUAUCAGAUGGCCACUUUACAGCCACCGUUUCACAGCAGCAACAUGCUGCUGCUGGCCAGCAAGAUCGUUGAGGCCAGCUAUGAUCCAAUCCAGGACGGCUCCUUCUCCCACAGGGUGGCAGACAUGGUCACAUGGUGUUUGACCCCUGAUGCGGAGCAGCGCCCCGACAUCGUGGCCGUCAGCUCGCGGAUAUCCGACCUGGUGCUGAAGCUGAUGGACGCUGUGGUCGCGUCCCACAACAGUCUGGAGAAGAGAGCGGACAGGGACAGGAAGCGGGCGCACAAGUACUUCCUGGAGAGUCACAGGUUCAGGAGUCAGAGCCACCGUGAAUCACGCUCAGAAAUCCACUCGCCGUUUCCCCCCGACAGACGUUUGAACAGCGGUGAGAAGAGCUUCUUAAAAAUCGGACGGAUCGGAUUAAUGAGCUCUUUUGUCUCAGACGAGGAUGUCGAACUACCAACCACAAGUCACACCAGCGACGCGGCUGCGGGUUCAGGCGUGAAGCCGACUGCCUGCGUGCUGCCGGUCCAGAACUCGACUCGCGAGGGCCGCUCCCCUGCGAGGACCAGGCCGACACCAGGUGUCUCUCUGAGCCGGAGCUGUGGCUCCUCAGCGUCGGCGGGGAUCAGCGUGUCCCAGAAGAAGCUGCGUCAGGUGGACGACCCCGUCUCCCGGCUGCUGCUGCAGCUGCACAAGCUGCUCUUCAUCACCCAGCUGCCGCCGGCACCUGAGCUCGACGACAGGCGACGCGCAGUGGAGCGAUUCAAGAAGUCGCUUUUCCAGUCGGGGAGCGACCCCGGAGACCUGAAGGUGCAGAUGAGCAAGCUGGUGCAGGGGUCCUCGGAGCUGCUGGAGUCGGGGAGUCACAGUCCGGACUGGUGGUCUCUGGUCCACCACUUCCACAGGGAACCACGCGGGAAUGAUCGAGAUGCCAUGAACCUCAGAGACGGAGUCACCUACAACCAGAUGAAGGGUAUCAUGGAGGAGCUGCUGGAGGAGAACGGGUACUACAGGGGGUCACACGCCAGGUGUCUCUGUUCUGCCAAUGCGUUCACUUCCAGUCCUGCAGAGAGAAGAAACCCCAUCAGGGAUGAGGGCCGACCGUUUUCAAGCGCCUGAAUCUUGCGCUUGUUCGGACACAGUGUGACGAGCUUGUCUUGAUCUUGUCGUGAAUAAACUAUGGGUGUGUUACGGUGCAGGAGCUCACCUGGUGACCUCUGACCUCCUCUGCUCGCCCAUCUUCCAGAGGUUGGUCAGUUCCCGAGUUCCCAUUGUUGUGAAAAUAAAUACAUUCAUGCCACGACAAAAAAUACUAAAGAGAAAUAAACAACGAAUAAGAAGUCUAGUCGUAUUUCUUAAUUUUCACAUUACGAUGCAUCUUUUAACGGAGCAUGAAAUGUCAGUGCAAUACACAUAUCGGCCACUAGGUGUCAGCCGGAGCCAGAACAGAGGCAAAAACCAGUCACCAGACUUCAUUUAUUUUCCAAAAGCGACGUAACAAUCAUGUUGAGAGUAAAAAAAAAAAGUAUCGUAUCAUAAGCUUCAGAAAAACAUGUAUGUACAUGCUGAGUUAUUCUUCAUCCACACAGAGAGACUCGCAAUCAAAGGUUUCAAUCUGCAAACUUUUACAUCAGGAGUGAGACAUUGAUAUUUACACGUUUUUAUUGUACAAAAGUCAAUCUGCUUCUUCGGUGAGUGAGAUCCCAGUGGAGAGCAAAAGUAAAGAAGCACAGAUGGAGUGGACCAGCGGGGAAACUGGAGGGUGAAGUAACAAGCAUUCAUCAAGCCCUUAAAGCAGCGAGCCAUAACAUUAUGACCACUGACACCCACACUUAGUUUUGUUUCUGUUUAAUCUCAAAGUGAAAAAAGUAUUUGAACUAUUUUAAUGUGGUUAUUUAUUCACCAAAAUGUUCCACAAAUCGUGUACAGACUAUUAUUUGAAAUUUGGAAAGGCAUUGUACUGUAGCUUGUUUAAAGCUACAAGCAUGGGAGUCUUGUUCUGAUGCAAUUUAUUUAUCUUUUUUAAGUGAAUAAUGUGGCGGGAAUUUCUCAUUUUAAUAUACCCCAAAUUAUUUUGAACAUUAUCCCAGUCCUCUUUUAUUAAUAGAAAUAUUUGCAGUGAUUUAUAUUUAUUUUAGUGAUUUAGAGUGUGAAAUAAAAAAUAUAUUUUUAUUUCAUUCAUGCUCUAAGAAUGACAGAAAUGUGUCACAUGACUAAUUUACAAAUUUUAGAAAUA